AUGCCCACGGCGACUCCAUCGACGCCUAAGGCCGGCCGGGCGAGUAGCUCGGUCCCGCCUGAGAGUCCGGGAAAGGCUGGGAAAGUACCGGGUGGUCAGUACAAGAUCGAGGACGUCGAUAUUGGAGUGAAAAUCUUUGUCCGUAAACCAGGAACGAACGGUGACCCCGAAGAACGCUGGUCCGAGAUCCUCUCCACCCGACCCAAACCGCGGUCCAUCUACAACCCCAAGAAACCCACCGACGACCCCUUGGACGAGGUGGAAUAUUAUGUGCAUUACACCGAAUUCAACAAACGUCUCGAUGAAUGGGUAGGCGGGACGAGGUUGGUCUUGGAGAGAGAGCUGGAAUGGCCAAAAACGGCAGGGGAAAAGGAGAAGGAGCGGGAAAAGGAAAAGGAACCUAAAGAGAAGAAGACGCCAGGGUCGGCCAGGAAGGACAAGGACAAGCAGGGCAAUGCGAAUACGGGAAGAGGGGCCAGCCCGGCUAAUGGUAGCUUGCGCAAGGUCGUCGGGAUGAAGAGCGUCCGGGCUCAAGGUGGACCUGCGGGGAGGAAGGGUAAAGAUGCUAGAAAGGCUACAACGGGAGGCAGGACGACAACGGGGCAAAAGAGCGUCUCUGGCAAGUCGUCCAGUAGCGGUGGAGGCGCCGACAAGAUGGACGUCGAUGGGGACGACGAGGAUGAGGACGGAUCGGGGAGUAGCGAUGAUGAUGCCGAAGGCGAGGAUGACGAUGAUCGGGAUGCCGAUGGGGAUGUGGACAUGGACGCUGCCGCUAAUGGUGGAGAUGUCAAGCCCAUCAACAAAAAGUUGACAGACCGAACGACACCCGGUGAAGAUCUCGACGUUGCCGCCCCGUCAAACCCGCUUGCCGCGCAGACGUUGAGCAAGGAUGACGAGAUCCGGCGAUUACGAACGUCCGGAUCGAUGACACAACAACAUUCCGAGGUCUCUAGGGUCAAGAACUUGAAAUCCAUUCAGAUGGGCAAACACCGCGUCGAGUCCUGGUAUUUUUCACCCUACCCGAUCGAAUACGCUCAUAUCGACAUUCUCUACAUCUGCGAGUACUGCCUCUCGUUCUAUCCAUCCCCGCUCAUGCUCAAGCGGCACUUGACGAAAUGUCAACUCCGGCACCCACCGGGUAACGAGAUCUACCGGGACGACAAGGUCAGCUUCUUCGAGAUCGAUGGGAGGAGACAGAGGACGUGGUGUAGGAACCUGUCGCUGUUGUCGAAAUGUUUCCUCGACCACAAGACGCUCUACUACGACGUCGACCCCUUCUUGUUCUACUGCAUGGUGUCUAGGGACGAGAACGGGUGUCACCUCCUGGGAUAUUUCUCCAAGGAGAAGGAAUCCGCCGACGGGUACAACGUGGCCUGUAUCCUCACGUUACCGCAACAUCAGAGGAAAUCGUACGGGAAGUUGCUCAUCGAAUUCUCAUACGAGUUGAGCAAAGUCGAGAAGAAGCAUGGGAGUCCAGAGAAACCGCUCAGUGACUUGGGGCUGCUGAGUUAUCGAGCGUAUUGGGCCGAGGUCAUCGUGGGGAUGUUGUUGGAGACCAAGGAGGAGAUCAGUAUUGAGGAGAUUGCCAACAAGACGUGCAUCACCCCGGCGGAUGUCAUGCAUACAUGUCAAGCUUUGCACAUGAUCAAACAGUAUAAGAACGGAUAUAUAAUCAACUUGACGGACGCCGUCAUCAGCCAGUACGAGGCUACCAAGAAGAAGAAUCGACAUACCCUUCGGUCGGAAAAUCUGAAGUGGAAACCACCCGUCUUCACGAGAUCCCAACUGGCCUUCGGGUUCUAGGGAACUCCGGGACCAGCAGCUAUUCCGCCUUUCGGUUCCUUAUCUUCGAGAUCUCCCGCACCUCACUACACCUCACGAUGAUGACAACUUUGUAUUCAAUUUCGGAGCAUUCUGCGGUAAUCUAUUGUACCUACGCCAACAAGAUAAAUGGCAGUUAUAUCUGUUGUAUCGAUCCCAAUUGUCAGAUGUCUUCGGGUCCGAUCAACGAGAUUGCUGAUUGCUUCCGUCGCGAGGGCAAGUUGAGAGUGACCAGCAGCUUGAUCUUCUCUC